ACAGGUGGUGCGCAGUUCUGCCCGCGACACACGGGAGAGUGCGCGCGAUUUCGCGCGCUGCACACACACGUUCCUCUCCGCGAGAGCAGAAACUCGAUUCGCACGCGCUAUAAUUCGGCGCUCCCUUUGUGAGUUAUCUGUCCAAGAGCAAGGUGGAGAAAGAGAAAGAGAGAGAGAGAGAGAAAGAGAAAGAGAGACAAAGAGAGACACGUAAAGAGAUCGGAAAAGGGAGAGAGGGUAGGAAUCGUAGAGGGGUGGAUGCGUGAGGUGGUGGCUCUCGCGGAUUAGAACUACGUCAGGAUCGAAAAACGGGGAGGUCUCUGUCGACGUUUCGAAAUCUUCGGUGUUGACGAUUCACCGCGCGAUCGCGUAGUAGUACAUGAAGAACGUCAAAGAACGCGCGCGACUUUCCCGCGGAAAGAAACUAUCUCUUCUUCGUUAGACGAAACAGAACAGUCGGGAAAAAGAUCGAAGAUCUCGUUCCUUCAAGCGCGAUCGAAACGCGCCGAUCGAACGCGGAUCGGAGAAAAAAUCCGGAGCACCCGGAUUCGUUUCUUUCUUCGAUAGGAAAUGCCCCUCCUCGCUCGGCCGCCCUGCCAGGACGUCAGCUGGAACUUGCGUGGAGCGUCCUGGUUGCGCGAUGUGCCGCCGCUGCAGUUUCUAGUUCGUCGUUGCGCUCCGACAGCGACCGAAGACGGGAGGAACGUCGUUAGGAAGAGCGACGAUCGUUAGGAACUCCCUUGUCGUCGUCGAGCGCGCGACUCGCACGACGUGGUGCAAUCUCUCGCUCUCUCUCUCCUCUUUCCGCUCGGGGAGAAAAUUCCCCGUUCGGACGUCGCGCGGAUAUACGGGACGAGACAUCCGGACGAGAGUUACGCUUCAACGAGCCGUCAACAGGCGGGAGAGUGCACGCGGCUAAUUUCUCGUGCGUCGACUGUGGACUCCUCCUCCUCUCGCCCUCUCUCUCUCUCUCUCUCUUUCUUUCUUUCUUUCUCUCUCUCUCUCUCUCUCUCUCUCUCCUCGAUUACGCACAGUGGUGUCGAUUGCAUACGUGUACAUACACACGUAUAUAUACGUCGCACGUUAUAUAUAUACGUACGUCACACGGCUCCGCUCGCAUAUAGCGAGAGAGCGUGGCCGCAUCUCGUCGCGUGUAGCACGCGUCGUCGUCGGCCGGAGUGAGCGAACCGGCGUUGCAGUGCGCGAAUUCCUGUCGCUUGUCCAAGCGAAUUCUUGCGAUUCUCCUCGGUGUCGUCGUCGUCGUCGUCGUCGUCGUCGUCGUCGUCGUCGUCGUUCCCCCACGUCUUGACGGAAGAUCAUCGCGAGUGUGCGGGGGAAAAAAAAACGCAGAGCGACGAGGAGCUGAACGUUGCGUAGCGUAAAUUGGCCACGAUUGUAGUGCAUAAUCUUAUCGACGGCACGAGCACGUCGUCACGCGGUACCGGUCCGAGUGUCGGAUGUGGUGCACGCACUCGGCGGCUGCCAGAGAAACGCAAGCGGCAGUAGCAUCGUCCACGUCGGUGACAACGAUACGGAACUUGAGCGAUCUGGCAGGUGAGCGGGCAUAUUGCAUGAGAAGGGGAGACUGCCGGUGAUGGACAAUGAGCAGCCGCACCAGGAACUGGUCAAGUGCGUGGUCGUGGGUGACACGGCAGUCGGAAAGACCAGGCUGAUCUGCGCCAGAGCCUGCAACAAGCACGUGUCACUGUCGCAGCUACUGACCACUCACGUGCCCACGGUCUGGGCGAUCGACCAGUACCGGAUCUACAAGGAUGUGUUGGAGCGAUCUUGGGAGGUAGUAGACAAUGUAAACGUGUCGCUACGUCUCUGGGACACGUUCGGCGACCACGAGAAGGAUCGACGUUUCGCAUACGGCAGAUCCGACGUUGUGCUACUAUGCUUCUCCAUAACCAACCCCGUUUCCUUGCGAAACUGCAAGGUGAUGUGGUAUCCCGAGAUAAGGAGGUUCUGCCCGCAGACGCCGAUCCUGCUGGUCGGAUGCAAGAACGAUCUGCGAUACAUGUAUCGGGACGAGACUUAUCUCAGCUACUUUCGCGAUCGCAGUCCUUUCGUAAGGGCUACGAGGAAGAGCGAUCUGGUGAUGCCGGAUCAAGCGCGGGCGGUUGCGCGAGAACUCGGUGUUUACUAUUACGAGACGAGCGUCUUCACUUAUUACGGCGUGAACGAGGUGUUUGAAAAUUCGAUACGCGCCGCUCUAAUCGCCCGUCGUCAGCAGCGCUUCUGGAUGACGAACCUGAAGAGAGUGCAAAGACCUCUAUUACAGGCACCGUUCUGCCCGCCGAAGCCAGUGCCGCCGGAGGUGUGUCUAGCCGCGAGUACCUACGAGGAGAACAUGAAGAGCCUGUGGGCGAGGCCGGUUCACACGGAUGUCACUCUGAUCGCCGGCAACUGCACGUUCUCCGCACACAGGUGCCUGCUCGCAGCGGCGUCGCCCGUGUUCCAUCGGUUGUUCUCGAUGGAGCUCUCCCACGAGUUGACACCGCGCAGCUCCAGCGAGUCCAGCAUGGUGAGCACUUUCGGCGAGGCUACCGUCGGUGACUUCAACGACGAUACCGAGUGCCUAAUUCGUAUCGAUCAAAGCAAACCCGCAAAAGUCUGGGAACAACUCAAGCGACGAUCGAGUUUUCAAGUACUGCCGACGAUGGAUAAUCAAAGGAAGACUUACGGCGCGACGAGGGAGCUCAAUCAUCCUGCCUUCCAAAACAUUCGAAUAUGUCUGACCGAGAACGCGAACGGAGUGCAGCAGCCCAUGACGGUGGUCACGCUGUCGAAGCUGAUCACGCCGCAGGCGAUGCAACAGUGCUUGCAAUUCAUUUACACGGGCAGCUUGGAUAAACGGUAUCACGAUCUACAAGAGAUCAGACAGGCGGCCGAAUUCCUCGAGCUGCCGCAGUUGCUCAUGGUGCUCGGCAGCAUACAGACGUGGGAGCAGUUCGUCAAUAGAGAUCUCAAAACCCGGUACAAGCAAGUGGUUAGACAACGAUUGGAAGACAUUUGUCUGGAGCAAGGUCUUUUUGCCGACGUGGUGUUCGAUCUGGACGACGGCAGCGUACCGGCCCACAAAGCGAUUCUCACUGCCCGAUGCGACGUGAUGAAAGCCAUGUUCUCUGGCGAUUUUCGCGAAAGCAGCGCAAAAGUCAUAGUCUUUCCUGGAGUACGGGAGUACACAUUCCACAAGCUGCUGUGCUAUCUUUACACGGACGAAGUCCCGGCGAUCUCCUCGGCCAGGUGUCUGAAUCUGUUGGAACUGGCCAACAGACUCUGUCUUCAACGACUGGUGAAUCUGGUCGAGAGCAGAGUGAUCGAGGAUCUUGAGCGUCUUUCCCAAAACGAGGGAAACGAGGCCGUCGAAAACUGCCUGAGACUGUUGGAACCGUGCAAGCUGCAUAAUGCCGAUCAGCUGGCCGACUGGUGCAUGAAUCAUCUCUGCGUUAACUAUAACAAGCUGUGCAAAAUGUCAGCUCGCAGCGUGCGGUUGCUUCAUCCCGAGAAUCAGGAAUAUCUGAACGAACACCGAUGGCCGCCGGUCUGGUAUUUGAAGGACUACGAUUAUUAUCAGAAGUGUUUGGCGGAACAGGAUCGCGAGAACAAGCCGACGUUGAAGCGUAACCGCAACCAGUCCGGCUGCCUAUGUUUCUCGGGCUCGAGUAAGACCAGACGGGAGGGUAGCACCGGGAACGGCGGCGCGACAUCGACAACGUCCACCGAGACGCCGGCGGACCGGCCGCUCUUCGACGCCUCCACCGAAUCCGGCGAACAGGCCGUAUGACAGGAGCCCAGCGGCCUUAGCCGCUCCGUCAGAUUUAUCCUGGUCCUACCUGUGCUCAUGGUCUUCAUAUGCACUAUUUUUACCAUUUUGAUACUGCUACAGAUUUAUACUUAAGCGGACCGCAAACAUCGGCGUGAUUACGCGUAAGUACACACACAUACACACAAUGACAUAUAAAUACAAACACACACAUACGAAGCCGAUUGAUCGCGACGAAAACCGAUCCAAUGGUAAGAAUGCGGGAAAAUGCCGUUCGAUUUCAACUCGUCGAGAUCGAAUUUCUUCUCCCUCCCCGUAAUGUGAUUUUUUUUUUUUUUUUUUUCUAUAACAAAACUAACUAUUUGUAAGAUCGCGACAAUUCGGAUCUGUGCGAGCGUCCGCGGAUUUCGGAUUUUCGCGACCGACGUGAAAAUCUUUUCACCUUCCGCAAGCGGCAGCGUGAAAUGAGAAUUGUGUGUUUUGCGCGGGGAGACAACAACUCCUUAUGUGUACUUUCUACGCGUUUUGUGAUAAACUGUGUACAUUCAGCGACAAAACUGUGUGGAUGCUCAUACAAAAAAAAAAAAAAAAAAAAA